CUCAAACGCCCUUCAACAACCUCGCAAUCAUGGUCGACAGCGAUACCGAGAAGAUGGCGAUGCCCGAGGCCACAGUUGACUACGAGAAGGGAAAUGCAUCCUCUAUUGACGAAGACGCGAUGAAGCUAGCCGAAAUGGGCUACACGCAAGACAUGAAGCGCAACUUCAGCGUCUGGUCAGUUCUCGGUGUUGGUUUCUCGCUCACAAACUCCUGGUUCGGCAUCUCGGCCGCUAUGAUUACUGGAAUCAAUUCUGGAGGCCCCCUCCUUAUCAUCUACGGCAUCAUGUUGAUCGCAAUGAUCUCCACUUGUGUGGGGAUUAGUCUGAGUGAGCUAGCCAGUGCUUUGCCGAAUGCAGGGGGCCAGUAUUUCUGGGCGAAUGAACUGGCACCGAAAAAGUAUGCGAAUUUUGCGAGUUACUUGACUGGCUGGUUUGCGUGGUGGGGAAGCAUCUUUACGAGUGCGAGUGUGGCGUUAGCUAUGGGGAGUGCGUUGGUGGGUUGUUGGCAAUUAGGACAUCCGGAUUUCGUCAUUAAAACAUGGCACACUUUUGUAGCCUACCAAAUUGCCAACAUCUUCUGCUUUUUCUUUAACUGCUACGGAAAAACUCUCCCCAAGGUCGCCACAAUCACUCUCUAUACUAGUCUCAUCUCUUUCCUAGUGAUUUUGAUCACGGUUCCCGCCGUCGCACCUACGCACCAGCACGCUAAAUUCGUCUUCGCCACCUUCAUCAACAACACCGGUUGGGCCGAAGGAGGCAUUGCCUUCAUCGUCGGACUCGUGAACACGAACUGGAGUUUUGCUUGUCUGGACUGCGCGACGCAUAUGGCCGAAGAGGUGCAUAGGCCAGAACGCAUGAUUCCCAUUGCGAUCAUGGGAACAGUUGCAAUUGGGUUUGUAACGAGUUGGUUCUUCAGCAUGGCCAUGUUCUUCUCAAUUGUGGGCGAUUUCUCGAACAUCGGCGCUACUGCGACAUUUGUUCCGAUCUUGGAACUGUUCUAUCAAGCACUAAGAAAUAAGGGGGGUGCUAUCUUCCUAGAAGUCUUGAUUAUUGCCACUGGUCUAGGAUGUCUGGUUGCGAGCCAUACUUGGCAGAGCAGGCUUUGCUGGAGCUUCGCUCGGGAUCGUGGAUUGCCGGGUCACAAGUGGUUGAGCCAAGUGGAUAAGAGGCUGGGUGUCCCACUUUAUGCACAUUUCGUGAGCUGUGUUAUUGUGGCAAUUGUCGGUUGUCUCUACUUGGCCUCGUUAACAGCCUUCAACUCCAUGAUCACAGCGUGUAUCGUCCUCCUCUACAUCAGCUACGCCAUCCCCGUCGUCUGCCUCCUCGUAAAAGGCCGCUCGAACAUCAAACCCGGUCCUUUCUGGCUCGGCCCCUUCGGUCUUGUUGCCAAUGUCGUGCUUCUCAUCUGGACACUCUUUACACUCAUCAUGUACAGCUUCCCGUACGCGAAGCCGGUCAAGUCGAGCAAUAUGAACUACGUCUCCGCUGUGUAUGGCGUUGUUACGCUGAUCAUGGCGAUUGAUUGGCUGGUCAGGGGUAGGAAGAGUUUCAGAGGUGUGGGCGAGCGGAAGAGCGAUGUUAAUGAGGUGAUUGAUGUUGUUAGGAGAGCGAGUGUUACAGAGAGUGUGCAUUAA